AUGACUUUCAAAAAGAAUAUCUACAAGCUAUUUCUGGAGGCGAAACUCGAAGAUAAAGAUUCGCUGUUUACCGAGAAGAAUGUGAUGAAAAUGAGAGAAAAAAUAAAGAAUGAGAUUGAAAAGCUUGCUGAAUACUUUCUGUGCAAAGGAGGAAAGUGGAUUAAUAUCUGUAAGGCGAUCAGUGUCACGGAAGAAAACAGUAAAAACGACGGUUUCCGAAUCAGCUAUCAUUCCGCAAAUGACUCGGACGAUUCUGAUGCAGCGCAACGGAGGGAAAUGGAGAGAAAUUUGAGGGAGCUUGAGUCAGAUGAUAAUCGGCAAAUCGAGCGUAUCGAUGAAAUUUGGCAAAGCAUGAUUAGCGCUGAGGCCGAGCUUCCUUAUGGCUAUUUUGAUGCGAUCGCCGCGACCACUGAGUUUUCGAUGGUUGAGGAGCUCGAAUUCGAAAACGUACUAAUGUUUCAUAACGAUGAUGAUUUUGUUAUGGAAGGCGCCAACAUGAAGCCAGUCAAGAAAGCCCUGAUGAACAUUUCAGCCGCUGUUGGAAAGUCUAAUAUUUUCAACCAUAUUUAUCUCUACAAACCUGAUAUCAUCAAGUAUCUUGAAGAAGGCGAGACAUGGCAGACACUGAAGAACCUAGGCCUGUCUCCAUUCAUUUGGGCAGUUAAUCUGACCCCCGCCCCGGAGAAAGAGAUAGUUGGCGAUCUGGUGGAUAUCUGGAAGUUAGAACAGCCGCUUGACAAGGCAGGGAAAAUCGAUUGGAUGGAUGAGGAAGAUUGGGAAGAAUAUGUUCUCAAAUGCGAAUGCGUGCCUUAA